UCUCCUCACCGACUGACAGGGACUCUGACCGACUGUGUGUCGUGAUUUAUGUAGCUUUGACAACAUAAUGGAAAAUAAACACACAACAGACAGGAUGGACACAGCGAACACAUUGAGCUCAGACGUCACAGACUCCAGUAAAAGAGUAAGUUAUUUGAUGGAGAAGUGUGCAGAUGUAGGAUUCGGACAGCCUCGGAAAUUCUCUAAGGAGCUACAGUCUCAAGUCUGCACGUCCUCCGUAGUGCGUAGUUUUGGAAACGUCGGCACUUUGUGCGCUGCUGCGUCUCCUUGCUCAAGCAACAACAGUGCCAUGUUCAAAGACUGUACUGUCAGAGAUAACGCCUCACUUAUCAAUAAAGCUUUUUAUGACCGCUCUGACCCUGUGCGCUGGACGGAGGUGCGUGGUACAGAGGGAGUGAAGGAGUCCAUGUUACCGCAGCCGGCCCCUACAGUAACUCAUGAAAGUUUGCAGAGAGCGGCUACGAACAUGAUAUCGACGCCCAGUUCAACCACAGCCACCGGGGUUUGUAGGAUCAUCAAAGAUGAGAAGGAGCCGUCGCUAAUCAUGGAAACGCCGUGUCCCGAUUUUGAACUAACGGCCAACAUCCCUACCCUCGAGACCUGUUACGACAGCCAGAGGAAACAACAACAUAUAGAUUUAAUGGAUGAUUCGUCUUUCCCCACCUCCGCGCCGGGACAACAGCACCAACAAGUACUAUUGGACUGUUCUCCGAACUUUCUAGUCGACUUGAAUCAGAACGACCAGAUGUCGACGGUUCCCCAGGUCCGUACAGACUCGCGGGGUGUUUCCUUUCCUACUCAUCCCGGUAAGGGCAUGCUGAGUUUUGACGUAAUGAGCAGUAACGGACAGGGUCCACAGCAGCAUUUGAUGAUUUAUAAGAGUGAAAUGCCUAGAUGGUCCAUUCAGACCUCUCCUACUCAUUCCCCGUUCUGGUGCCAGUCCAGCGGGGUCUCCGAGGACCAGUACCCACACCAUGGCUACUCCUCCCCGGAUGGAAUUCACACCUCAGCCCUGCUCCAGAGGUCCCCGACCUAUACAGGAUAUGGCGGUGUUCCACCCCAGAGGCUAUGUAUGAUCUGUGGGGAUGAGGCAUCAGGGUGUCACUACGGGGUGCUCACGUGUGGAAGCUGCAAAGUGUUCUUUAAACGAGCGGUCGAAGGACAUCAUAACUAUCUUUGUGCCGGUCGAAAUGACUGCAUCGUGGAUAAGAUACGGAGAAAGAAUUGCCCUGCGUGUCGCCUGAGGAAGUGCUACCAAGCUGGGAUGAUGCUCGGAGGGAGGAAGCUGAAGCGUUUCGGGGCCCUGAAGGCAGGUCUGGCCCCAGCCUUGAUGUUCCAGGGGCCCUUAUCAGCCCUGGGGGAUGGUCAGGCCCUGGCCUCUCUACCCUGCAUGCCUGGCCUCAACGAGCUUCAGCUCUCCCCUCAGAUCAUCAGCAUUCUGGAGAGCAUUGAGCCUGAGGUGGUGUACUCUGGCUACGACAACUCCCAGCCGGACAUGCCACACCUUCUCCUCAACAGUCUCAACAGACUGUGUGAUAGACAGCUGAUGUGGAUCGUCCGGUGGUCCAAGUCCCUGCCAGGGUUCCGUAGCCUCCACAUCAACGACCAGAUGACCCUCAUCCAGUACUCCUGGAUGAACCUGAUGGUGUUCUCGCUGGGCUGGAGAUCUUUCCAGAAUGUCACCAGUGAAUACUUAUACUUUGCUCCUGAUCUUAUCCUUAGCCAGGAUCGUAUGAGGAGAUCUCCCAUUUAUGAUCUGUGUCUGGCCAUGCAGUUCAUCCCUCAGGAGUUUACCAGCCUCCAAGUCACCAAAGAGGAGUUCCUCUGUAUGAAAGCCAUCAUGAUUCUCAACACUGUUCCAUUGGAGGGUUUAAAGAGCCAGGCCCAGUUUGAGGAGAUGAGACAGAACUACAUUCGGGAGCUGACCAAGGCUAUCCAUCUGAAGGAGAGAGGCAUGGUGGCCUCCUCUCAACGUUUCUAUCAUCUCACCAAGCUCAUGGAUGCCAUGCAUGAGGAUUUGAAGAAAGUGAACCUGUACUGUCUUAGUACCUACAUCCAGGCUGACGCCAUGAAGGUUGAGUUCCCUGAAAUGAUGUCAGAGGUCAUCUCCUCCCAGCUCCCCAAGGUCCUGGCCGGCAUGGUCAAGACCCUCCUCUUCCACGCCAAGUGACCAAACACAGGAGACAACCAAACCUGCACCGCGCAAAGCACCAUGGAAGAAUAGAAUAUACCCAAAGAGCAAGAAGAGUUGAAGAAAUAUUUUAUCAACAUCAUCCAAUAUCAAUCGAAUAUCGACCAAAAUGUUAUGUUGAUUUGAAAAUAGGUCUUUGUCCGGUGGGUGUAUCAUAUCAUUGAAACUAAGAAAAUUAACCAAGUUAAACGUGAAGGUUUUGGGCAGGUAUUAUUUGGACCAAGUUAAACGUGAAGAUUUUAGGGAGUCAUUAUUUGGACCAAGUUAAAUGUCAAGAUUUUGGUGAGGGAUUAUUUGGACCAAGUUAAACAUGAAAGUUUUGGGGAGGCCUUAUUUUGAUCAAGUUAAAACAUUAAGGUUUUGGAUAGGUGAUAUUUGGACCAAUUUAAAUGUGAAAGUUCUGGCUAGGUAUUAUUUGGACCAAAUUCAACAAGAAGGUUUUGGGGAGGUAUUAUUUGGACCAAGUUAAAUGUCAAGAUUUUGGGGAGGUAUUAUUUGGACCAAGUUAAACGUGAAGGUUUUGGGGAGAUAUUAUUUGGACCAAGUUAAAACGUGAAGAUUUUGGGGAGGAAUUAUUUGGACCAACUUAAACGUGAAGGUUUUGGGGAGGUGAUAUUUGGACCAAGUUAAAACGCGAAGGUUUUGGGGAGGUGGUAUUUGGACCAUGUUAAAACAUGAAGGUUUUGGAUAGGUGAUAUUUGGACCAAGUUAAAUGUGAAAGUUCUGGCUAGGUAUUAUUUAGACCAAAUUCAACAAGACGGUUUUGGGGAGACAUUAGUUGGACCAAGUUAAAAUGUGAAGCUUUUGGGGAGGUUUUAUUUGGACCAAGUUAAACGUGAAAGUUUUGGGGAGGCAUUAUUUGGGCCAAGUUAAAACGUGAAGAUUUUGGGGAGGUAUUAGUUGGGUUUUAUUUAUUUUUGUGUCAGAAUGAUUCCUUCUCCAAGGUCUGUCUGCCCUGGCUGAAGUACACUAGUCCUAACGACGGGCAGAUAUGUUCCAUCCUCCAGUCAGACCUCCUCUUAGAACUGUGGUGAAUCCAUCAAAAUAUUGUUAAGGUGCCUCCCUGACCUUCAAUUCACUCUUAUCCUUUGAGGUGGUGGAAACGUAUAUAAAGAAGUUGUGUUAGCAUUUUUAAUUUGUGAGAAUUACUGUUUUGCUAGACUUGUAAGAGAGCUAGGUUAUGUUCCAAAUGGCACCCUAUUCCAAACAGUGCCCUGCUUUUGACCAGAGUGACAUGGGCCCUAGUUGAAAGUAGUGCACUAUAUAGGGAAUAGGGUGCUGUUGCGUCUCAAACGCAACCUUAAAACUGGUAUACCAAGUUUUGCUUUUUGUGUUUGUUUUCAGUUACGUACAUGUCACACUCCCUGCCUGAUGGCUAGGCAGGCGUUUAUAUAUCUCAAGUUCUGCAAGUUACAUUUUCGUACAAAAUACACAAUGCUAUUCUAUUUCAUGUACCAUUAAAUUACAUAACCACUGUAUUUUUUUAUCUCAUUAAGUUAAAAUAUAUUUCACAAGAGAGACCUGUAAAGGGAGUACAAGGGGAAUGAUGCUAUUUCAAUGCCAUUGCUAUUCGCAGAAAUGUGGAAAAAUAAAUGUUCCAUUGCUCUGCGAUAAGGAAAUACCAUCUGGACCCCCUCCCUGAUCCACAAGAUAAAGACAUAGAGAGCGAGAGAGGGAGAGAGAGAGAGAGACAUCAAGAGAGAGAGAGAGAAAGACAGCAAGAGAGA